UUUCUGUGUUAAGCAUUGUUUGUAUGUGUACAUUUUGAGGCACUGUCAUAUGUUUAUAUGAGUUGGCAAUCGUGUGGUAUGCCAAAUGCAGCUAUUAGGUGUAUAUUUGGCAUGACACAUAUUAUUGUAGCCUUGAUUAUAACAUAUACUUAUUGAUGCUACAUUAGAAAGGGUUAUGGAGUGUUAGGGGAGCCAUAGUACCUUUGGUAGGGGACAUACGCUCCUUCUGUGAUAGUUUGUCUGGGCUCAGCUGUCACCUGUGGCUCCUAGAAGCUGUCAGCAUGUAAAUACACCCCAGAAAUGGCUUCAGCGUGCCAGCUAAACCAGGUGUGGGUAUCAGAUUGGUCUCAAACCCUCAGUAAGUUAGGCUCCAGCACAUAGAGCAGAUGAGACCAAUAGUAGGUUCAACAGUCAGGAAGGCAGUUUCUGCAUGUGCUGUAGAGGGAAGUGAGGGGCACAUGAGGCUUAUCAACCUGGGAAGGUAGGCCAUUUGGAAGAAGGAAAACUCUGAUCCUAAAGCUCCAUUGCCUUGUGGGAUUUUGCUGGGAGAACAAAAGGCUAAGGAGUAAGCCCUACACAAAUCCGGAGUGGAAUUCCUAAGAUGGUUGGAUGGUGCCUUGUACACCUCCGUCUGGCAACUCCUGCAGCACCAAAAUCCUGCAGAGUUUGGUGCACUCCAUUGUCUCUCAAAACAGAUGGAUGCCAACCAACAUUAGAAAGCUAAUAGGGUGCACACUAUUCAGAAGGAAUGAGGUUACAGCCAAAUAUGCCAUUAUGUUUAUUACUGUUCAGUACAAUGUUACAUACACCACAGAUGAGAGGCCUGAGCCGGUACAUUUCUAUGAGUAUGGUCCAAAAGACGUGGCCACCAUCUUUUUCUACAUGCUUAUAGCCAUUAUUCUUCAUGCAGUGAUUCAGGAAUACAUACUAGAUAAAAUUAAUAGACGUCUCCACUUGUCAAAAACAAAGCAUAGCAAAUUCAACGAAUCAGGGCAACUAGCAGUUUUCUACUUGUUUUCAUUUGUCUGGGGAGCCAGUAUUUUGUCUGCAGAAGAAUUCACUACCAAUCCAACUUUGUUGUGGAAAGAUUACCCUCAUUCUCGAAUGUUUUUUCAGGUUAAAUUCUUCUAUAUCUGCCAAAUUGCCUAUUGGCUUCAUUCACUGCCAGAACUGUACUUCCAAAAGAUUCGAAAGGAAGAUAUUCCUAGACAGUUGUACUACAUCUGUCUUUAUAUUGUUCACAUAUCCGGUGCCUACAUUUUGAAUCUGCAUCGCUUGGGCUUAAUUUUGCUGGUUCCGCAUUACCUUGUGGAACUUAUUUUUCAUGCCUCACGCCUUUUCUACUUCAGCGAUGAGAAUAAGCAAAAAGGAUUUACCCUCUGGGCUCUACUGUUCAUAUUGGCUCGCCUUCUGACUCUAACUUUGUCAGUUCUCACAUUUGGAUUUGGUCUGGCAAGAGCAGAAAAUCCUGGCUUUUCCAUAGCAGAAGGAAACUUCAACAUACUAACUCUUAGAAUUAGCUGUCUGGCUGCAAUCUGUUUGACCCAAGCUUGGAUGAUGUGGAAAUUCAUUAAUUUCCAAUUAAAGAAAUGGAGGGAGCAUAUUCAGAAUCAAAUUCCUAAGAAAACAACAAACAUAAAGGUUAAACCAACAAGGAAAGAAUCAUCCAAAGCUAACUUUGUCAAUGGAGCAGUAAAAUUUGAAGAGGGUACAUCACCUAGAAAAAGAAAAUCAAAAAUGUUAUGAGGAGCAUAGAACCAGAAAGCAACCUUUUAAUUGAAGACUUUGGUGAUUAAUGAAAAUGUUCCAUUACCAGAGUUGUGUUCACUAAAGGACUCUGGCUGAAAUAAUAUAUUUUUAAAAUUCAUCAAAACAAAGUUAUGGUGAGAACACUGUGCUUCAACAUGAGUUUUAGCUUAUUUAACCUAGAUGCUCAAUCUCCACUAUUAAUUUCAGUCUUUGAAAAAUUAUUUGUCUUACUCUUGAAUGUAAGUACAAAUCCUUCAAUGCUAUGGAAGGCUUAUAAAUCAGACAUUGCUUUUAUUUGAAGCUUUAAAAUAUAAUUAAUAUUUCAUUUAAGUAUAAAGCUUUUAGAAACUUUAAUUUCUGGACUUGGGCAGGAAGUUGUGUUAGGGUUUUUUCAUUUUGUUUUUUAAGAAAAUGUUUUGCACAUUAUUCUCAAUCUGUCCGAAAUGUCUAUUCAGAAGUAAUUCCAGAUGGUUUUCCUAUUUUAAAAGUUCAUAAUUUGGAUAACUAUGGUUAAACACAGUGUUUAAGGAAAGAGAAUAAAAUCAAUUAAUAUCUUCAUCUUGGAAAACUGCUAGUUCAUUUGAGGCCACACUGUGUAUUUGAAAAUGACUGUGAAGGCAGUCUAUUAAGGCAGAUUUUGCUGAAUUGGUCUCCUGAAUUACCUAAUAUGAAACCCCACAUAGCUGGCUUUAGGUAAAGG